UGGCUGACGUACGCGGGCAAUGGCGGGAAACUGGCGGCGCGUGUGGUCACGGAGACAGACAGUCGGAGUACAGCGGGCCAACGAGCAGCAAGCAAGUGGAGCGACCAAGCAAACAGCAAAUAGAAGAAGGGAAUCUACACCAUGCACAAGAAGAAAGAGCGCAACUGUGUCGACCUCACCGCUAACCACGAACUCGUCUUCAGGUUUGAUCAAGUUUUAACUAUGAUGCAGAACGGCAUGGAUACAGUGCCACAACAGAACGGCACAAUGCAUACCAACUCAACAUCCUCGUCGAAUUCACACAACUCCUCAUCGCAAACGAAUACGGGUGGCCAUCAGGAGGAGAGCAAGACGAAUCUCAUAGUAAACUACUUGCCCCAAACGAUGACGCAGGAGGAGAUUCGCUCGCUAUUCGCCUCCAUCGGGGAAGUCGAGAGCUGUAAGCUGAUACGCGACAAAGUGACAGGUCAGAGUUUGGGCUACGGGUUUGUGAAUUAUCACCGACCAGAGGAUGCGGAGAAAGCGAUCAACACCCUCAACGGCCUGCGGUUACAAAACAAGACGAUAAAGGUAUCCUAUGCCCGGCCUAGCAGUGAAGCAAUUAAAGGUGCUAAUCUGUAUGUGAGUGGACUUCCUAAGAACAUGACCCAGCAGGAUCUGGAGAAUUUGUUCAGUCCCUAUGGCCGCAUCAUUACCUCUCGCAUCCUGUGUGAUAACAUCACAGGUCUGUCCAAAGGGGUUGGCUUCAUCCGGUUUGACCAGCGUAUUGAGGCGGAACGUGCUAUCCAGGAGCUGAAUGGAACCAUUCCAAAAGGUUCAACUGAGCCGAUUACUGUCAAGUUCGCCAAUAACCCGAGUAACAACAACAAAGCGAUUCCUCCACUGGCGGCCUACCUGGCCCCGCAGGCUCGCCGGUUCGGCGGACCUAUCCACCACCCCACGGGUCGCUUCAGGUACUCGCCUCUAGCUGGAGACCUGCUGGCUAAUUCAAUGCUACCCGGCAAUGCCAUGAAUGGUUCUGGGUGGUGCAUCUUCGUGUACAACCUGGCUCCAGAAACAGAAGAGAAUGUCUUGUGGCAACUGUUUGGGCCAUUUGGUGCUGUGCAGAGUGUAAAAGUCAUUCGCGAUCUGCAGACCAACAAGUGCAAAGGAUUUGGAUUUGUUACGAUGACCAACUACGACGAGGCUGUUGUGGCCAUCCAGUCACUGAAUGGCUACACCCUGGGCAAUCGGGUUCUACAGGUCUCUUUUAAAACCAACAAGAGCAAAGCCACAUAAAUAGUUGAUGAAGAAACUGUGCUAAAGACCGCCACCCUAUGGGCAGAUGCGGUGCAUUUGUCUCUGUGACCAUACUAGUCAGAGUCAAGUAGAGGUAUGGAGGUUGCAGUUGCCUGCUUCGUGCUUAAUUUGAACUGGUAGCAUUCCAGGUGAUACAGCAGGUUGGAUGAAUACAGUCAAGUUCCAAUAUGCAUCUAAAGGUGUCAUGAUGUAAAGUUAUAAAUCCAACUUAACUGUUAUUCCCUUGAAGCUCUUCCAGGCAAAUGCAGCCUUCAAAAAUUUCUCUCUCCGGGUGUAUUAAGGUACUCGUACCUCCUAAUAUACUUGAAUGUUACUAUGAAUUAUACUGACAAACAUUUGAGCUAGUCAUCACUAGUGCAAGUCCUGUGCUUUCCUGAUACAACACUCUGUUUGGGGCACUUGACGCUGGACCCCUGUGGAGAACCUCAAACUCUUAGAUUUCUUUUGUUUGUUUGAUUUUUAUCUCUUUAAUUUCUUCUUCAUUUGAUAGCUAGUCUCUGGCUGUUGCUGUAGCAGUCAGCAAUGGACAAGGGUCAGUCCUAUCUAUGUAUGCCAAAGAAAAUAAUUGUCAGUCUGCAAUCGUAUAAGAGCAGACAAUGUCCAUGCUAUUCAACAUUUGUAGAUGUGUACAAAUAAAUAGCGUUUAUUGUUUAUUAUAUGUACAUUGCUUUGCUACAGCAAUCAAGCCUUAUAUUCAUAUAUAUUUAUAUAUAUAUAUAUAUAUUUAGAUGCAUCAACUUUAAUUUUGAGUGGCUCAUAAUUUCAUUAACUGACAUAUUUAAUAUAGAUAUUUUAAGUAUAGAGAUUAUUUUUUUCUUUGUGUAGUUUCCCAUUUAAUCUGCUGACAGACAAGAUGUGAUUAACAUUUAAAAUCUUUGUUUUAAUGCCACAGAAGUUGGCAUUGGUAUAUGGGUUAUACCUAUCUUAAAUGUGUUUUUGGUUAUUUAAAUUUCAAGUGCAUGUAAAUUAUUUUUGAAGCAUAUGAACUACCUCUUGAGUUUAGCAUCAAUACUUUCUUGGAGGUAGUGGAAUUAGUUCAUAUGUAUUAAACUUGUUUUUUGUGUUAAUACUUUUAUUUGAUUUCACUUUCGUUGUUUAAACCCACAAUUCUACACCACAACCCGAACCAAAAUCUAAUUGUGCUCCUCCUAAGGAUAUCAGUUUUAGUACCUCAGCCCUUGCUUGUUUCUUCUGGUGGGAGGUUGCAAGCAUUGUGGGAAUAUUCUUGGUUUGGUUUUCAGUCUUGGUUUGAGAGUUUUGGGGAAUCACACAGACUUGCACAGAACAAUAAUUGAUAAUAUAAGUAAGUAAAUGAUGCUAUAUAAGUAAUGAUCGUAAAUCAGGUAACCUAUCAAAUAUGCUGCCCAACUUGAGAUGUCAACUUCCAUGAAAGAAAUUUAUUUUUGUAAGAACACUUAUCAAAUUUAACAAAUGCAUUCCUAGUGGGCAAAUGAUUUUAAAUGAAAGACAAGAAAACAUAUGCAAAAAUUUAUUUAAGCGAAUGAGACUUUGUAUCUCUUCGUCUUCUUAAAGUUUCUAUAGUAUCAGAUAGUUCCCUUUUCAUUAGGAGUUAGUGAGUUAGAGCGUGCUUGAGGGCCACUCCGCCACUCCUCCACUCCACUCCUCAGCUCGGAACGGGCGCUCCACCAUUUGGCGCUCCCUGUGGAAGGAAUCAGGGCUCAUGCAAUAUGUCAGGAGUUUUUGAAUACAAAAUUUUGAUGGACUUUAUCUUUCAUGGUCACAAUUGUAAAGAUUUAAAAAAGAAAAAUGUGUAUAUAUAUAUAUACUUUGCCUGAGAUUAGGAAAGAGAUAGAGAAACCUUUUUGAUAAAAAAACUUUAUCAUGCUGUUGAGGAUAAGAGUUUAACUGCAAAAGAGUAGAUUAUUAAAUGAAGUUGAGUCAGCUCGAUGCACUUUUUGCCCCUUCAUGAAUCAACGAAACAGAUGUACAUUUCAUGUUACUUGUGACAUUCCUCGAUAACUUUCUCACACAGUUUGGCCCUUUAUAUCAUUACUGCCAAUAUAGAUGCUUGUCAUGUGAGAUCUAUUAGAGUUGCAGCUAACUAUGUUAAAUUCUGAAGAAACCAAGGACCAUAAUGCGAUGGUUUUGUCUUGGUUUUUGCAGCCAUUAGCAUGUUUGCACUCCCCUUCCCCUGUAGAAACUGCAAGGCCACUGUUAAUCUUAACAAGUGGAAUAUUUUGUAUGAUACUCAAAACAAUGGUGCAUACAUCUGUUAAAUUCUAUAAUAAUAAUAAUAAUAAUAAUACUAUGAAUAAUAAUAAUAAUUAACUAUACAGAGAAUGAUUUCCACGUGGACAGAUGCAAAUACUUAACCACUGAUGUGAUGAGAUGCUAAUGUAUAGUGAUUCUUAGAAGGAGAGUCUACGUAUAUUUUGGGUUGUGGAUGCUAGUUUUGAAAACUGCUUCUGCAUUUAUCAAGAUUGUGAUUGAUACCUGUUCUACAUUUACAGUAUAAGUAACUUUUGAAGCUUUAUAGGACACGUAUGUUCACUUACUUAACGGAUGCAAUUUUGCCAACAUGGUAUUGACUAUAUGUGGAUAAACAAAAAGAAUUUGUUAACUUUGGUAUUUUUCCUCAUUCUUCAUAAAUAGUGGUUUGCUUGAUUAUACAUAUA